GUCUAUUCAAAUGAAUUUGGCUGGAGCUUUCCAUGAGCUGACCUUGGUGAAAGUGGGCUGAAACCGAAAAUCCUCUCUGGGGCCUGACGGUUAACCCGCGUAACCUCAAUUGACGCCGGGAGGCUCUACCGGGGGUGAAGCGGCCUUGUUAGCAUUGCAUGGCUCCCUCCUGGGAUUUGGGACAGAUAUCGGCGGAAGUACCCGAAUCCCACAAAGCAUCAUGGGUUUAUACGGGUUUAAACCCACCAGCAGCCGAUUACCUUACCUAGGAGUUCCUGUUUCUACCGAAGGACAAGAAUAUGUCCCUUCCUCUAUCGAACCGAUGACUCGCAAUUUAGCAUCUAUCAUCCAUGUGAGUCGGUUAGUUGCCAAUGCUAAACCGUGGGAGUUGGACCCGAAAUGCCCCCCCUCUUCCGUGGAGUGAGAAUAAUUUUGAGGAGAUACAACAUCGGCCCAUGGUCGUCGGGUUGAUUCUAGAUGAUGGAGUAGUAAGAGUCCACCCCCCUAUCGAAAGAGUUCUCCGCGAGUUGUCAAAGAAACUACAGGCAAAGGGCCACAAAGUUGUCAUGUGGGAUACGUCAGAUCAUUCUGAAUAUAUCCAACUCAUGGACCGGUAUUAUACCGUCAACGGUUGUGAAGAUAUCUGUCGCGAUGUGGCUGUCUCGGGAGAACCAUUGAUUCCACAUGUUGAGGCGCUAGUCAGCCGAAGCAAGGCUAUCUCUGUGUAUGAAUACUGGCAGCUCAACAAGCGGAAGGUUAUACUUCAAAAGAAAUAUCUUGAUAAGUGGAAUGCGACCCUGUCUCCAUCGGGGCAACCAGUCGAUAUUCUCCUAGCCCCGACUACAUCCCAUUCAGCAAUUCCACACCGAAGAGCGUGGUCAGGAGACAGGUCUGGUGGGCUUUCCCCUUCGUUUCUCCUGUACUUUGGCCUUGUUUUUAUAAAGUCUUUCCACUUAUAGGUCGAGAUACCCGGUAACUGGUACAUUGAUGGUCUUCCUCCUAUGAUGUUUAUCAAAAAGGAGCCUAAUAGUCUCGGAUGGGUCAAUUCGAGGGACAUUGAGGAUAUUUGGAAGGCGAGGU